AUGCAGGGCAAUGAAACCAAGCCUUAUAUUCUCUCAGGGACGGAGCAUGCACUGGAUGCAUCGAAUCGUGGCUAUCGCUUGUUGCAACAAAUGGGCUGGCGCACUGGUUCUGGUUUAGGUAAACACGAACAAGGUAUUAUUGAACCAGUGAAAAUGAAAGAAAACCUCAUUUUUCUCGGUCUUGGCAAAGCAGAAGAAUAUGACAAAGUGACGCACUUGGCAACUCGUGAACGUCGUAAAUUAGACACAGAAAUGCAUGAAACGGCUGAAGAAAUUGCGUUACGAGAAGCUAAAGGCGCUAUGAAGGAGCAAUUGCGAGAAAAGGUGAAGAGUAUGCAGGCGGCUUUUUACUGCAGCAAUUGUCGAAAACAAUACAAGUCCGUGACGGAAAUGGAGAAUCAUUUGAGUUCAUAUGAUCAUCAUCAUACCAAGAGAUUGAAAGACUUACAGCAUCAGAAACGACGUGUGGGAUCCGAGGAAGAACAAAGUAUGAAGCGAGAGAAAGAGCAGGCGAAAGAACAAUUGAUCUUGCAGCAAAGAAUGACGGCGCAAAAACAAGCGGAGCAAGUGAAAAGUAUGGACACAAGAGUCCCGCUUGAUGGUGUGAAAAGGAAUUUCGAGAAUUCGAUGACUGAAACAGAAGGUGGUUUUGGGUUUGGUGGAAUUAAAAUUGGAAGGAAGAAAACGGGGAAGAAAGUGUUGAGUGGAUGCAAUGCUACUCUGGGUUUUUCAAAUCCAUUUGCGCAAUAA